GCUGAGCCACCACCACCAGAAGUUUAUUUUCUCCCUCAGCUGAGGUCGGAGCUUUCAGUCGGUGACUGCCACAAUGGGAACUGCUUGGCUUCUGCUGGUCUGGGUGCUGAUGUGUUGCCCUACCAAAGGCUUGUUCAUGUCAGUUUUUGGAGGAACAAAAAGUGAUAAUGAGGAACUCCAGCAAAGAAGUACAGUACUUCAUCCAAAUCACAAUUCCAUGAAGACCCUUGGGCUGUUCAAGUCGAUGGAUUCUAUGUCAGAGAACCAAGUUAAAGUGGUACUACUGGAAACUAAUGCAGUUGAAACUCAUACCUCACUUGGACAUGUGAGACUUCAGGAGCUGGAUAGCACAAGAAAGCUGAAAGCUGAAGAGGGAGCUAAUGAAAUAACUGCAACCUCCAUCAAUGCGACUGUGGCCACCAUUACUAAUGGUACCACAGUUGGAGGGAACAACUUUGUGACUGGUGCCAUCAAGACUGUGGUUGAAGUCAACCGGACAGUGACCAUUUCCAACAGGACUGAGGUUGCUGACAAUGAAACUGAGGCUAGAAUCAAUGUUACUGUAUUUGUGGGCAACCAGACAGUGGCCAGCUCCUAUGGCACUGUGGUCAGAGGCAAUGCUGCCAACAGUCUUGAAAACAAGGCUGUUGCCACCACCAAUGGGACUGUAGUAGCUGGAAAUGUGAAAGUGGACGGUGUUGUCUGCAAACAAUGCUGUUGA